AAGCACAUGCAUAGAUAAUCUAUGGUUCAUGCAGAGCAUGAGAGGUGUAUAAGAAGUGGGCCUUCAUUUGAUUACUUGCAUUACAAGAAACAUUACCAAUGAUGAAUUGCUUACUGUGGAAGACAGUUACUGUCCUGAGCCUGGUUUGGGCUGUUGGAGGUCAAAUUACUGUAAACCCGGAACAUGGAGAUGUGAGACUGGUUGGGCUCAAUGGCCAUACUAGAGGAAUGGGUGGGCGUGUGGAGGUCUAUAUAAACGGCGUGUGGCACACCAUCUCCGUGAUCACAGGCACGCGUCAAACUGCGGACGUUAUUUGUCGACAGCUGGGCUUUCCCGUUAGCGUGUACAAUGACAGUACAUUUAGUUUGGGGUAUUCGAAUUCUGAUUCAAGCUCUACUCAUGUGAUUGACAAUAUUUCUUGUUCUGGGUCUGAGAAUAGAGUACUGGAUUGUGACUACACCGUUGGCCGCAGCAGACUCUUCUUUAACAUGGCAGUGUUGUGUGGGGGCACACAGUAUAGCGAAGCGGGUGCCCAGUUUGGGCCUAUAGAGGGUGAGAUUCGACUCAACACUGGUGGUGACUCUCGUCCGUUCUCUGGUCGACUGGAGAUCUAUAUCAACAACCAGUGGGGGACAGUCUGUGACGAUGGAUUCCGACAAACUGAAGCAGAGACGGCUUGCAGACAACUUGGGCUUCUGGGCAAUAUUUAUUCUGGCAACGUUGGGAGGCUUCGCUUUGAGCAAGGUUCUGGCCCCAUCUGGAUCGAUAAUAUCCGCUGUAGUUUAGAACCAAGUCAGACUAUUGCGGAAUGUGCCUCUGGACCAUUUGGUGUCCAUGACUGUGACCAUAGUGAAGACGUGGCACUGGUCUGUCGUGGAGAGGGUUCACUGCGAUUGAGGUCCAGGGGAAGGCUUGGAGGGCUGGGAUCAACGGGUCCGGGCGUGUCUACUGGUCUUUUGGAGGUGUACGCUAGGCGUCAGUGGGGGACCGUGUGCGAUGACCUGUUUACGCAGACGUCAGCUGACCUUGCUUGUCGUCAACUGGGAUAUUUCUCAGCCAACAGCUUUGGUGAUGUAGAUUUUCCAUUGAGCAGCCUGCCAAUUCAAUUGGACGAUGUUCAGUGCACAACAGACGAUGACUUUCUCCUCCUCUGUAAUCACAGUGGUAUCAGGACGCACGACUGCGGUCACCAUGAGGACAUACAGCUGUCUUGCUCCACUAUCGACGUGGCUAGCAAUAGUCCAGGUGGUGGUAUAGUGGCGGGUGUCGUUGCUGUGACUAUCGUUUUUGUCAUUACUCUGAUCCUUAUCUUCGGUUGUUGUUGUUGUUGUUGUUGUUGCUACUGCUACAAGAAGAAGAAGACCGCAUCUAAACCAGCCCCUCCCAAUCAAGUGGUUCGUUCCCAAGCUAAUGCCUACCCCAUGCAAACCGUGCAACCGCAGGCUGGCCACCCUCAACAAGAUCCCGCAAAUCCUCCAGCGAAUUUUGCUCCAUAUCCGACUAACCAGGCUGCCCCCACUCAGAAUUCGUAUGGGUCUCAACCAGUACCUCCCUACCCGACUGGACAAUAUGCCGACCCUGCAUACCCCCCAGCUCCCUACGCUACUGGACAGCAAUCCCCUGCUAAGGAUCCUACUGGACAGCAACCCCCUUCCCCCUACGCUACUGGACAGCAACCCCUUGCUAAGGACUCCACUGGACAGCAACCCCUUGCCCCCUACGCUACUGGACAGCAAUCCCCUGCUAAGGAUCCCACUGGACAGCAACCCCCAGCCCCGUAUCCAUCUAGUGGAAUAGUGGUAACUCAGCCCCACGUAAAAGAUGCCCCACCGCCCUAUGCUGAGAUAUUUACCACACCCCUACCCCAGUGAGACCCGACCUCAAUAUUGCUAACUGUACCGCAUCAUGAUUGCAAGACAAUGUAGCUCUUAGGUAUGUAUCAGUACCUUCGAUCAUGUGACCUACAGCCAAUGACAUUCAUGUGACUGUGCUUCAUUGCACUGUUAGUUACGCAUGCAUAUUGCACACACUUUGUUCUAUAAUAUUCAUCAUUCAUCAUUCAAGUACUUUUUUAUAUCUGAAAAAACUAGCUUGAUAAGUUUUAA